AUGAAAACCAUGAAGAACAACUUGAUAAGUUGUUUUUGUUGCACUUCUUAUGAAGAUCAAGAACCAAAGAUCAGUCCCCAAAAGAGUAGGGAUCAGUACCCAUGGAAUAUGUACACCCUCAAAGAACUUGUACAUGCAACAAACAAUUUCCAUAUAGAUAACAAGAUAGGUGAAGGAGGUUUUGGGAGUGUUUAUUGGGGCCGAACAAGUAAAGGCGCUGAGUUAGCAGUGAAAAGACUCAAAUCCAUAAACGCAAAAGCGGAAAUGGAAUUUGCAGUAGAGGUAGAGAUUCUUGGAAGAGUUAGACACAAGAAUUUGUUGGGGCUAAAAGGAUUUUAUGCUGGUGGAGAUGAAAGGCUUAUAGUCUAUGAUUAUAUGCCGAACCACAGCUUGCUCACUCACCUCCAUGGCCAACUUGCAGCUGAUUGUCUUCUAGACUGGCCACGACGAAUGAGCAUAGCCAUUGGUUCAGCCGAAGGGUUAGCGUACUUGCACCAUGAGGUAACACCUCAUAUAAUCCAUAGAGACAUAAAAGCUAGUAAUGUACUUCUAGAUUCGGAUUUUCAAGCAAAAGUUGCUGAUUUUGGGUUCGCAAAACUGAUACCAGAUGGGGUCACCCAUAUGACGACACGAGUGAAGGGAACCUUAGGGUAUCUUGCACCUGAAUAUGCCAUGUGGGGAAAAGUCUCAGAAAGUUGUGAUGUCUAUAGCUUUGGAAUAUUACUAUUAGAAAUCUUGAGUGCAAAAAAGCCAUUAGAAAAGCUCCCGGGUGGUAUCAAGCGUGAUAUCAUACAAUGGGCUACACCAUUUGUACAAAAGGACGCUUAUGAGCAUAUAGCUGACCCUAAAUUGAAAGGUAGAUUUGAUCUUACACAGCUAAAAGUUGUGGUCAAAAUAGCCAUGGCUUGUACCGAUAGCAAUCCAGAGAAUCGGCCUAGUAUGUUGGAGGUCGUGGCGUGGUUGAAGGGUGGUGUUGGUAGUAGAAGGAAGGAGAUACAUAUUGUUAAAGACCGAGAUGAUGAAACUGAAUAUGAAGAUGACUUUGGUGACGACGAUACCGAUUAUUAUGAAACUUUUGAUAUGCAGAGGGAUUCAGGCAGGGUUCCAAGAAUGCCAUCAUCAAGAAGAGCAUAA